GUGGCCGACGUGGAAGUUUCUGACUGACUAGGCUUCCAAGGAAACCGCCUCCGAGCCACCCAAGGCCAAGUCAAGUGGAGGUGGAGGCACCGGGGAUCCAGUAGAGUUGCUGCCAAGGCCGGGGCUUGUCUCUGAUUAUUGACAAGGACAGACAGGCACUUCAUCAUGGGUGGCUUUUUCUCAAGUAUAUUUUCGAGUCUAUUUGGAACCCGGGAAAUGAGGAUUUUAAUUUUGGGAUUAGAUGGAGCAGGAAAAACUACAGUUUUGUACAGAUUACAGGUUAGAGAGGUUGUUACUACUAUUCCUACCAUUGGAUUUAAUCUUGAGACGGUAACAUACAAGAACCUUAAAUUUCAAGUCUGGGAUUUAGGAGGACAGACCAGUAUCAGGCCACACUGGAGAUGUUAUUCUUUGAACACAAAUGCCAUCAUUUAUGUAGUAGACAGUUGUGACCGAGACCGAAUUGGCAUUUCCAAAUCAGAGUUAGUUGCCAUGUUGGAGGAAGAAGAGCUGAGAAAAGCCAUUUUGGUGGUGUUUGCAAAUAAGCAGGACAUGGAACAGGCUAUGACUCCCCCAGAGAUGGCAAAUUCACUUGGGUUACCUGCCUUGAAGGACCAAAAAUGGCAAAUAUUCAAAACUUCAGCAACCAAAGGCACUGGCCUUGAUGAGGCAGUGGAAUGGUUAGGUGAAGCAUUAAAGAGCAGACAAUAAUCCAAUCACUUUUGCUCUUCUGAAAUGAAGACCACAUCCCAUGUCCCUUUGGAAAUAGUUAAGUGUGCUUCACACUACUAAAUGUUAGAGCUGUGUGUGAUUGUUGGCAUAUACUGAACUGACUACACAUUUGUAAUAAA